AGAGGCGCGCGCGCGGUCACAACUCGGCGACGGCAGCGUUGGGGCAUGCAAAUUAUGCCAAAUAGCAUCAUCGACGGGAGCACGAGCAGUAGCAGCAGCAGCAGCAGCACCGACAACCGAUCAGAAAAUGCAGCAGGGCACAGGAGCGGCGACGUCAUCGGCGGCAGAUAGCGGGAAGGGGCCGACGGACGGACUGGCGUCCAGGUGCGGUGGCGACGGCGGCGAAGGAGGCGGCGGGAACAGCUGCUCCUCCGGCGAAUCCGGAUCCGGAUCCGGCGACCCAGCAGCAGCGACUAGCACAACGAUUAGCAAGACAACCAAGCAGGAGGAUUCGGGGGAGCCGAAGGAGCAGGUGGCCAUCCACUACCUGGCCAGCUUCCACGAGCUCUGCGUGGUCACCGCCCUGCUGCCGCUGGUGACGCUCUUCACGUGCUUCGUGACCGCCUACGUCUUCCAGUACGACGAUGUCCACGAGACACAUUGCCGCGUCUACAACAUAAUACCCUCGAUAAGUGCAAUUACCGGCGUCAGUCCGCAGCGCUACUUCUGGCGCUUCAGCAUUGCGCUCCACAUCGGACCGCGCAUCCCCAUCGCCUUCGUCUACAAGAACUACUACCGCUCGCAGCUGCGUCGGAUCAGUCCCGCCCAGGUGCCUCAGACCAGCCUGCUCAUCACGCUGAUCCUGGUGCUCAACUGCAUCGAGAUCGCGGCCUUGGGCGGCGUCACCUAUAUAUCGAAUCGAGAGAACUACCCCGUUCACGAGCGCAUCUUCAUCACGUUCAUGAUAUGUUCGCUGUGCUACAUGCUCGCCACGAUCAAGCUGAACGGCAUCCUCAAUGCCGGACAAUCGCUGAGCGAACAGCAGCAACUGUCCAUCAAGUGGAAGAAGAUCCUCUUCGCCGUCUCCAUCCUGAGCACCAUCGGACUGCUGGUGUUCUUCGCCAAACACCGCUUCUACUGUCACGACUUGGCCUUCAGUUGGUUCGCGUUCUUCGAGUACUUGAUCGCCAUCGCCAACAUGCUGUUCCACUUCACCAUUAUCUGGGACUUCCCCUCGCAGUUCAUGAUGAUCGUGCAGGGACCACGCGAGAAUCUCGCCCAGUACUUGAGCACCCGGCCGAAAGUGGACUAGAUUGGAGCCCCGACUAGAUCCCACCUGCAUGCCACUUCUCCAGUGUAUAGUGUGUGUAAUUCCCAUACGAAACGUACAAUUAACGAACUUCUUCAACUUCAAAACUAAGCGCUUCCAUACCGAUCAACAACAAAAUUAGCAUUCUUCUAUUUUCUUCGAUUCUCCUUACACACUAAUCAAACCGAAGUAAGAAACCAUAAAUCCAAAGUAAUUAGGAAAUGAAAACCGAAACGAAACGAAAGCGAAAUGUUCCAUAGUUCCAGGAUUAAUAUAAUUAUUAAAUGAAAACCAACAAGUAUGUAAAGAAAUUUGCCAGAUUAGAGGGCAUAACGUUCUAUGUACACAUUCUAAAUACUUGAAAUAAGUUACCUAAGGAUUAAGUGCACCCAAAACAGCAAACCAACAAUAAUGUAACAAUUGUGUAUGCCUAAUGGAUAGCAGCUCGCCAGAUCUCAUGUCAAUUUCGAAUCGAAUCCAAAAGAGCCAGCAAAGGGCGACCAGCGUCAGCGUUUCAUUUGUUAGGCAGUAAAAUAAAUAGAAGUCGUAUUA